AUGGCUUACGGAACUUACUCUAUGUAUGAUAACCAAGUCGGUCGUCACAACAAUGUUCAUUUCACUCCUUAUCAAAAGCCAAUGCCCUUAUCUGGUCGACAAAUGAAUAAUUCUGAGAUGUUCUAUCCUGCUUCAUCUAACUAUCAGCAGCAGCAGCACAUUUCUCCCCAAUACAAUUAUCAACAAUCGCCGCAAAUGGCCAUGGGUCAGAUGCAACCUGUGCAAAUGCAACAAUCCUAUGCUGAUCGUCAAUUUGGAUUCAACCCAGCCUACAACUCGAUGAACGUUCCUAAGCAGAAUAUGGUGCCGAUUGGAUCACCUGUCUUGAAUCAACUAUCCAACCAGCAGCUAUCGCCACAGCAACUACGUCAACCUCAGUCUGGCCAUGCCCUGCCUCAGAGACAGCAACAAUCGCAGCAACAACAACAGUUUUAUUCACAAAAUUAUGGAAAACAAAACUUCUCGCCCAUGAUGAACAAACCUAUGGGUCAAUCCGCACAUUCGAAAUCUUCUUAUGUUCAAUUUCCAAAGAUGCCAGUCGCUGUUCAGGCCCAGCCUGUAGUGCCUGCAGCGAAGUUUCAAUCACCUACUAUCGGUCAAGUACUCGGCAUAACUAACAAGAAAAUGAAGAAAUUCAACACCAAAGACGUUGGCAUUCUUCAUGAGUUCUUCAACUUGAAUCCAACUAUUUCGGAGUUAGCAAGAAGAGCGGAAAGACUUGUCAUGGAAAUGGAGAAGAAGUCAAAAGUUUCUUUGAAAAAGAACGUUGUUGUACGCAAAGAGUUUCAACAAUCUGUUCAUGAACUAUCCGGAGGUCCUAUUCGUUUGAAUACCAGACAUCAACAACCCGGUUACGUUCCCUACAAGGAGUCAGUUGUGCCGGCAACUCCCUCUCCUUCAAGUUCCCAUAGUCAGUUCUCACCUUUAUGUUCCGAUUUCAACUCUCUUUCUCCAAGUAACCCAUUGCAAUCAUCAUUUUACUAA